CGGGGGACCACCACAGCCAUUACAAUCAGCUGACGAGCGGGGACCAGUUGACGUACGGGGACUUGAGGUGUACUACUCUACCUGGUUUUGGUGUGCACAGACUUAUCAUGGGCUCACUGCGACACUAGGGGGGCUGGAUCCAAAGCCACCUCGAUCGGAACGGUUAUUUCAAAUGGGUCCUGGCGUACUGGCGUACUGAAGUACUCUCUCCGUGCAAACUCGACGAAAAAAGUGUAUAAUAACGGCUAUGAAGCUAUAACUUCCGUAUUUCAGUGCCUCUACCACGAGCUCAACACCACCGCUCUUGGAUAUGAUGCAACAGUUGGCUCCAUGAAUCUCGGCAACUUCCUCAAAACGAGCAACAUCAGCGACGUCACGCAAAAUAUCGCAGACAUUUUGACAGGCUUGAUGAGGAGCAACAACCCAGGCGACAACCCCAACGCUACGAUGUUCAAGGGGGAAGCCCAUUUCCUCACCACUUUCGUCGAUGUGCGAUGGCCUUGGAUCAUUCUCCCGCUUGCCGAGACCUUGUUGACAAUUAUUUUACUCGCCAUCUCAAUCUUGCUUGCACGGCAUCAACCGUUACUUAAGAAAUCGGUGACUGCGUUGCUCGUGCAUGGACUGGAGGGUUGGUCGGACGAUGAGUUGGACGUUGGACGCCCAGAGACGGCGGAAAGCCUUGAGGGUAUGGCAAAGGGAAUGAAGGUAUCGUUUAAGGAGGAUGGACGGGGGAGGUUGAGGUCUGUGAGACCAUGAGCCGCCAGCAAAGCCGUCCAUUUCUCGAUCCGUCGAUCGGGCGGCCGGUUGAUCUACGCCCUCUCGAAUCCAGUCUAAUCA